UUCAUUUCCAGUUAUUUAUUUCGAUAUGAACUUUUCCUGUUCGCCGUCGCACUCGUCCGAGAGCGAGUCGAGUUCGCAGGCCGUGAAGGUGGCCAUGCGGGCGCCGCCCGGGUAGGAGAUGGCCUUGAGCGAGUCGAAGGUCAGCUUGCCCAGGGAGCCCUCGACGGCGCCGAUGUCCUUGUCGGGGAUCACCGCGACGAACUCGAACUGGACGCGCUCGGAGCCCGGCGGCACCGUCUUGAUCAUCGCGAACUGGCCGGCGUCGGAGCGGAAGUCCGGGUUGUUCGCGAUCGCCGAGUCUCCCGUCGCCGUCCUGACGUAGCCAUACACGGCGGCGUCCUUGACGGACUGCUUCGCCUUCGAGGUGGCGGUCGCGGUCACGAGGACGCACUUGGGCAGCAGGCCCUUGGCGACCUUUUCGCCCGGCGCCUUGAGCGGUCGACCCGCGCAGAUCUCGCCGACGCGCUUGCCCGUGUCCUCGUAGGCCACGUCCGCGAGCUCGAUGUUCUCGGGACCAAAGGCGAGCAGCCGCGCCGGCGCGAGGACGAGGGCGGCGAGGGCGGCCGCCGCGGUGCGUACGGCCGGCGGCGACCGCAAGCUGGGGACCCGCCGCGCGGGCGCGCGCGCGCCGCCCGCGCCGGCGACCGGCCGCGAUCGAGCACAAUGCGGCAGGCACUGCGGCGAGAUGAGCGCGGCGGCGACCGAGAGCGUCGCUGCGAGUGCUCGCGGCGCCAGCAAGAUCCGCAUCCCGCUCGAUACUAACGAGUCGCACCUGCCUGCAAAAGAGCACUGUUGAGUCACACCUCUCAGAGGGCUGGUAGCAAUAGCAAUGCUG